AUGGCCUCUUUCGAUACAGAUGUUGAUUUUAGCGAAAGCCGGGCGAGAGAGAUCAAUGUCAUCGGAUGGGUUUUCACGGGUAUCGCCAUGGCGGCGGUAUUCAUGAAACUAAUCAAUAGGGUGGGAAGCCAGCGGCUUGGAUGGGACGACUUUUUUAUUUUCUUCUCUUUGGCACUUAGCAUUAUCGCAACAGCAUUUGUCUCUUACUCCGUCACAUUGGGCCUGGGCCGACAUACAGCGGCAGUGGUGGCGGAGCAUGGAUUUGCAAGAUAUGAAAAAGUAGCAUUUUGGCAGAUCAUUGCGUUUCCGUUCAAUAUUGGCGCAUUUAGCUUUCCCAAUAUCUCUAUUGCCAUCCUGAUUGUUCAUUUACUUGAUCCCAACCCGCUUCGAAAAUGGCUCCUUUAUACCAUGGUGACCUUCCAGGUCAUUUUUGCCAUGAUAUCCGUCUUUGUUGUAUUCUUUCAAUGCAAACCGAUUGCAAUGCUGUGGAAUCCCACUUUGGACGGCACAUGCUGGAGCUCCGAAGUCUUUGAUGAUUUCACCUACUGGGUCAGCGCCUAUACAACCAUGACAGACAUCAUUUUGGCUAUUGUUCCAAUCAGUGCAUUCUGGAAAUUGCAGAUGCCUUUCGCGACCAAGCUUGGAGUCUGCAUUAUGAUGGGACUGACGAUGCUUUCCGCGAUUGUCACGAUCGUGAAAGCCACAUAUAUCCACCUAUUUACGAAUCGCACCGACCCUCUCUGGGCUGUGGUACCAUUGGUCCUCUGGGGCUUAGUUGAGCAAAAUGUUGUCAUUGUUGCCGCUUGCAUCCCAACCCUACGUCCUUUCUUCCGUAAGGUAUUCCAGUCUACCAAAGGUUCUUCCGGUGACAAUACCUCCCGAAGUCGGUCUGGAUUCAAGGUUCCAGUCAAUCCACUCCACGAUUGGUCCAAUCGCCCUGCUUCGGUAUCGGAGUUUCCUCUCAAAGACAACAUUCGACAGGAAAGCCGCGAUGGGGAUAGCCAUACCAGUGAAUGA